UAGGCAAAUUAAAGCAAAUUUAAAUAGAGCAUGUGGUUCACCCACCAUUACACCAUCAUCCAAAAGGCAGAAUCUGAAAUUGAAAAGCCACACAAGAAAGAAUCUCCCUAACUUCCCCCUCCAUUUCUUCAACCAUGUUACAAAAUGAUACUUUUAUAAUCUCACCCACCUUUGUAAUCCACCUAUAUAUAUAUAUAUAUGUCUUGUUUGUACUCCACAAAACUUUCUUUAGUCCCAAUUAAAAUCUUGGUCAAUCACUUCUCUAACCCAAAAACCUCCCAUCCCAAAAUAACUAACACACAACCAUGUUACCUUUUUUCAGUUAUAAUAACCAAUUUUCCCUCUCUCUCCUCCUCCUCCUCUUCUUCUCUCUCUUCUUUUCCCUCCCUCCUUCCGUUCCCGCCCGAAGCCUGUCCGACCCGUUCACCGAAAACGACCCGUGGCGCGGCUUCGCGAGGUUCGUCGAUGCCGGGAGGGGCAGCCACGUCAGCGGCAUGUCGGAGCUGAAGAAGUACUUUCAACGCUUCGGGUACCUCGAACCCGUGCCCGCGUCGAACCUAACGGAUUCGUUCGAUGCAGGACUCGAGUCGGCCGUCGAAGCUUACCAGAAAAAACUCGGCCUUGCCGUCACCGGAAGACUCGACCCCGACACCGUUUCGCAGAUCAUGUCGCCCCGGUGCGGCGUCUCGGAUGUGUCACGUACCAUGCACGUGACCCGGCACUAUAUGUAUUUCUACGGCAAGCCAAGGUGGAACCCCGUCGGGUCGGCUCCGAUCACAUUGACUUACGCUUUUGCGCCGGGGCACUCAAUUGGGAACUUACCCAAAUCGGACGUAGCAUCCGCUUUCGAGCGCGCCUUCUCGCGGUGGUCGUCGGUGAUUCCGGUAACCUUCAAGCCGGCGCAGGACUACUCCACGGCGGACGUCAGGAUCGGGUUCUACCGCGGCGACCACGGCGACGGGGAUCCGUUCGACGGGGUCCUGGGAAUACUGGGCCACGCCUUCUCGCCCCGGAACGGGAGGCUCCACCUGGACGGGGCGGAGACGUGGGCCGUCGAUUUCGGGUCGGAGAAGUCGCGGACGGCUGUGGAUCUGGAGUCCGUGGCGACCCACGAGAUCGGGCACGUGCUCGGGCUGGCCCACUCGCCGGUCAAGGAAGCGGUUAUGUACCCGAGUUUGAGUCCGAGGACGAGGAAGGUGGAUCUGAAGGUGGACGACGUGGAAGGGGUCCAGGCGUUGUACGGGUCGAAUCCGGAUUUCAAGUUCAGUUCUUUGUUGGAGUCCGAUACGUCAUCGUCUUCUUGUUGGGCCGUCGGGUUUGGAAGAAGCUGGCAUGGGCGGGCCAUUUAUUGGAUCGUGGUGGUUUUGGGAUUAGUCAUGUGGAUUUGAGAAAACCCUUUAUUUUAUUUAUUUAUUUAUUUAUUUGGGUAUGAUUUUUUGAUUGUAUUUCUAGCAUGUACAUAUUAAAGAUAUACUCACACACAGAAAAUAUAUCUUUGGUUUUUCAAUCUCAAUAAAUAUUGUUCAUGUU